AUGCCACCACCAACAAAGGACAUCCACCGUAACGAGUAUACGGUUGGAUGGAUUUGCGCGCUCCCCGUGGAAUUUUCGGCUGCAGUAGCAAUGCUGGAUGAAUCGCAUCAAUGCCUUGAACAAGACAAUAAUGGCGGAAAUGAGUACGCAUUUGGCCGUAUUGCUCAACACAAUGUGGUGAUUGCGACCUUGCCUGCAGACCCGGCCGAUCCCAUUGCAGCAAAGGCAGUUACAGAGCAGAUGAAAGCUACUUUUCCUGCUCUUCGGUUAGUACUUCAAAUCGGAGUGGGAGCUGGUAUAUCUGGGGCACAGGCAAAUAUUCAUCUCGGUGAUAUGUUGAUCAACCGGUCGAACAAGAGCUACAAUAAGGCUUUACGGUAUGAUGAUGAAAAGUCCAUCAUCAGUGCAUAUGAGCUAGAUGCCUCCCUAAAUGCACCGCCGCAAUUUAUCUCGAACCCAAUUAUGAAACUGAACGAACCUGGCACAAGAAGCUCCUCGACAACCAUCCCAAGACAAAAUCUACCAAGCAAUCUUUAUCACAGUAAUCAAAGCGAUAUUGUCCUGUUCGAAGCACACUACAAUCAUAUUGAAAGAGGCGGUGGUUUGCAAUGUGAUUUUGCAAGACAAAUUUACGAAGAGGAAAUGACUGGAUGGCCCGUGGAAAACUAUGGAACAACUGGGCUUAAUAACCAAGUAAUGGAAGAUGUUGCUGCUCGAAGUGACGUAUUCUACUUUGAGAUGGAAUCUUCAGGGAUAGCGACCAGCUUCCUCUGCUUAGUGAUCCGCGCAAUCUACAACUAUAGCGAUUCAAUCAGCUGCAAGAAACGGCAACCCUGCAAAUGGGGAAUAGCAUCGCUAUUCGCGAAAGAACUGCUGUCCAUCAUUUCACGAGACGAACUUGCUGAGAUAAAUUCCGUGGGCGAAUUUGCCAAGGCAAUAGCCAAGAUACGCAACAUAGAGAAUAAUUGGGACAACAACAUCAGAGAGCUGGGAGGAUUGGAGCAUUGUUGUGGUUAG